ACACGCACUCAGGCAGGGUAAUAUCCUCGUAGAGGGUCUGAGGCACCUGAGAUAACCCACCUGCGCGUCUCCUCGACUUCUGCUGCAUAUCUCGUCUGCAAAACACCCGGCCAACAACGCAAGAAGCGCCAGCUCCCGUCAAGUCGUUAUCAGGUUGUGACAGUUCUAAGCUACUACAGAGUCUAUUUGCAUACCGAAGCUUGGAGCAUGAAGCGACGCAUCGAGGAUAGCGCAGACCAGAAUCAUAAUGCCGAGGUUUCCAGGUUGGAAAGCCUUUCUGAAAGAGUGCCCACUGGCGAAGAACGAUCCCAAAUCCAACCACGAAAGAAACGUGCGAUAUUGCAAGCGCGCCCAGAAGAAACGCAGAUGGCGCAAGGAAUCGACCAUAUGGAUCUAGUGCGCAGCACCAACGCGUUGUCUACAUCAGAUUUCCAGUCUCGUUUUCUGCCCCAAGAAUCACGUCUCCUCAGCUUUACCCCCCACGCCGGGGUAGGACUAGACAAACCAGCAAACAAUCUCACAAUAUCAUUCAAAGCGUCGUCGGAGAUGAGCGACGCAGACCUUGAAGGUUGCUUUUCACUGGUUGAAGAGACGUCUUCAGAAGCCUAUAGGAAGUCCGUCGUCCGUUGGAGGCCCAAGGCGAAGAAAGAAGAGAUGCGAGAUCCAGAUAUGCGAUAUCUCAUCGUCCGCGUGGCAGAUCCGCGCCACGAUGCUUCUUUCUCAGCCCACUCGAAUCUUCCUGUCAAUGGCUUUCUUUCCUUUAUGAUCACUCACGAUGAUGACUACGAAUAUGCCGUUCUCUAUAUAUACGAAAUCCACUUGUCGGAAAGCCUCCGGGGCUGCAGAGUUGGAGCUCACCUGAUGCACAUUGCAGAAACAAUCGCGCAAGGAAUUGGCCUCGCGGAGGUCAUGCUCACAGUUUUCACGAGCAACGUCGCCGCUGCCAAGUUCUAUCAAAAGCUAGGUUUCUCGAAGGACGGGACAAGUCCAGAACCAAGAGUUCUAAGGAACGGUCUAGAAAAGCCGCCGGACUAUUUGAUUAUGUCCAAGGACGUCAAACCCUUCACGCAACCUUCGACAAACGGAACUAUCUCCGUCUGAUCGGCUAUCAAUCCGAUCAAGCAUAGCAACACUGCUCCAUGUCACCUAGGAUACCCAGUCGAAGAUUACCAGCUGCAUUGUUCAGGAUCUGGCGAACGUAUGCUGGUCGAUUGAAACGUCGGGUAGCAUCACCUGUGCCUGCGAUCUAUAGCUUUGCAGCAAGCCUGCGUUCGACGUCUUUCGGUCCCACGAAUGAUAGUCGCCAAAGCCUUGCCGUUGGUAUUGUCUUUGGCAUGAAAGGGAAGGCCUCUAGACAAAACAAAGGAAGUUAAAUUGAUACCCAUUCUAACCAAUAAGACUAAACACUACGAUUGUGCG